CUUAACGACACUCGCCGUGUAAGCUACUUGAAAUUCCAAUGCUAACCAACUUUAGCCAGCUUGCUAACGUGUAACUGAGCGACUGUGAAGAACUACAUGUAAAGCGGUAUAGCUGGAUUUAAAUACAUAAAUGAUACACAUCUCCAAAAGAGGUAUAUUGUAAAAUUCGUCUUCAUGCUUGCUACUGCGCGUGUCUCUGCUACUGCAACCAGGACAUGUCCAGUUAGCCAGAACGCAGCACUUGGUGGAUAACGAACCCUGGCAGAGCUAGCGAGUCAGCCCGCUUGGACUGGGUCUGCUUUGAGGGAUUUGAACAGGUUUCGUCGCUCAGUGGACAGUGAAGCCGGAUGCUGUGACUACCAUGAGUCCCGCAGGCUGCCCCCAUGUCAACGGCUUCAAAGUGGACAACUGGAAGCAGAACCUGAGGGUCAUUUAUCAGUGUUUCGUGUGGAGUGGUUCAGCUGAGACCAGAAAACGCAAGGCCAAGUCAUGUAUCUGCCACAUGUGCGGCGCCCACCUCAACAGACUCCACUCCUGCCUCUACUGCGUCUUCUUCGCCUGCUUUGCCAAAAAACACAUCCACGAACAUGCCAAGAGCAAAAGGCAUAACCUAGCUAUCGACCUGCUGUACGGGGGAAUUUACUGCUUUAUGUGCCAAGACUACAUUUACGACAAAGAGAUGGAACAGAUCGCCAAAGAGGAACAAAGGAAGGCCUGGAAGAUGCAAGGUAUCGGGGAAAAGUACUCGACGUGGGAGCCGACGAAGAGGGAGCUGGAGCUGCUGCGUCACAACCCCAAAAGAAGGAGGAUCACCUCCAACUGUACAAUUGGCCUGCGCGGGCUGAUAAAUCUGGGCAACACGUGUUUUAUGAACUGCAUCGUCCAGGCGCUGACGCACACCCCACUGCUGCGAGACUUCUUCCUCUCGGACCGGCACAAAUGCGAGAUGCAGAGCAACUCCUGCUUGGUGUGCGAGAUGUCGCAACUGUUCCAGGAGUUCUACUCAGGCCACCGCUCACCUCACAUCCCGUUCCGCCUCCUCCACCUCGUGUGGACCCACGCCCGUCACCUGGCUGGCUACGAGCAGCAGGAUGCCCACGAGUUCCUCAUCGCAGCGCUGGACGUCCUGCACAGACACUGCAAAGAUGACAAUGGGAAGAAGGCAAACAACCCGAACCACUGUAACUGCAUCAUUGACCAAAUCUUCACAGGGGGCCUGCAGUCUGACGUCACCUGUCAAGCCUGCCAUGGUGUUUCAACAACUAUAGACCCAUUUUGGGACAUCAGCCUGGACCUGCCAGGCUCUUCCACACCAUUCUGGCCCCUCAGCCCCGGAGGAGAUGGAUCAGCACUUAACGGAGAGAGUCACACCACUGGAGCCACAACACUGACGGACUGUCUGCGCAGGUUCACCAGACCAGAACACCUCGGGAGCAGCGCAAAGAUCAAGUGCAGCGGCUGCCAUAGUUACCAGGAGUCUACCAAGCAACUGACGAUGAAGAAGCUGCCCAUCGUGGCGUGCUUUCACCUCAAAAGGUUUGAGCAUUCGGCCAAACUGCGGCGGAAGAUCACUACUUAUGUCUCCUUUCCUCUGGAGCUGGACAUGACCCCGUUCAUGGCCUCUAGUAAAGAAAGCCGGAUGAAUGGGCAGUACCAGCAGACCGUGGAUCCCUUCAACAACGACAACAAGUACAGCUUGUUUGCAGUGGUGAACCACCAGGGGACACUAGAGAGCGGUCAUUACACCACUUUCAUCCGACAGCACAAGGACCAGUGGUUCAAAUGUGACGAUGCAAUCAUCACCAAGGCUAGCAUCAAGGAUGUCCUGGAUAGUGAAGGGUACCUUCUGUUUUACCACAAACAGUUCCUGGAGUACGAAUAAGUCCCUGCAUCAGCACGGCCUGCAGGAUGAGCUGAGGGACGACGCAAGGAUUUGUUUGUAACAGAGUGAUGAGAAAGGCAAAGAAACAUGCAAGAAGGACACUGUCUGCUGUGCAGGAGAAAUCCAACAAAUCUGACUGGAUGGGCCCUAAAGGAACUUUAUGUACUUGAAUUCAGGGGAUGAAGAAGAAAGCAGCAAGUCCGUGUACAAGUCUGCUAAAAAAAAAAGAAGAAGAAAAGAAAAGGAGUGCAGAGUCCUUCUACAUUUUUGUUCUCUUAUCAGACACAAAUGCAAGAGAAGCUUCACUUGAUCACAAAUGCUGUCCUUCACCAAUGUCUUGCUACAUGCUUCUUGCACAGCUGCAUAUGUAGGGGAAGAAGCAGAGCAACAGCUUUACACAGAGCUACAAGGCUCUGUUGUGAUAUUGUUCUUUCCCCCUCUCUUCAAGGCAAUCUUCCGGACACAAGCGCACUUGUCUAACACAGCUACGCUCCUCCAAAAGACCAAAUAUUUCAAGGGUGGAAGUUGUCUUCGUAUGCUUUUUUUUUUUUUUUUCCCAGAGUGCAGCUACUGGGGAAGGGAAAAAAGACGUUAAUCAUAGUAUUGUGUCUGAAGUUUAUUCCAUUUUUAUUACUUGCGAGCUUGUAGUUAUCGCUCAGAAACCAUUUUCCCUGCGAAGGACAUGAAGGAUCUGUUAUUUUCUGCCUGUCUCCUCGUCAAAAAUGGGGAAAUAGACAACACAGUAAAUAUAUUUUUAUACAUACUGCAAUUUAAAAACAUUUGUUUGCAGUUUUGCGUUCUCCCUAGACUCUCACGUUGUUCAUUACAUUCGUUACAUUGUGCUGUCAAUCUCAUAUAUAUCAUUUUUUUUGUACACAUGACUUUCAUGACACUGCUGCUAUAGGCUGCUUCUUUUUUUUUGUUUUUGAUUUCAGUCGUGUUCUCCACAUUAAUGAAACAUUGUAAUGAUGCUGUUUCAGGUAAAUGGCAAAAGAAAGAAAGUAAACAAAAAAGGAGGAGAGUCUGUACAGUGGGUCACAGGCUCAGUCCUGCAGUGUUAACUGUCGGCCGCAUGUUGCUCUAAUUCAGUGUGUUUAUAUGUGUGUGAAUGUGUGCACGUGAAUAUGCUCGAGAAAGAGGAGGAUUUAAAAAAAGAAGCAAAAGAAAUCCAUUAAAAAAAACCUCAGCUUAGGU